GUUUGUCCUCUCCAGGCCGCCGUAAAGAGAUUCGCGUUUGAAAAUGGCGGAGAAGAAGAUAGCUGUGCGUUCUCAGGACCCUAGUCAGCGGCGUGUGCUGGACAAUGCCACUCGUCAGCGGCGCCUCACACGACAGCUCGAGGCUCUGGAGAAGGACAACUUUCAGGAUGACCCUCAUGCAAGUCUGCCACAGCUGGUCAAGCGCCUGCCACAGUUCGACGAAAAUAAUGAAUCGGGAAAGAGAAGGAAAAAGACAAGAGGUGACCAUUUUAAGCAGCGAUUCAGGAAAAACUUUCAGGCACUGCUAGAGGAGGAGGAUUUGAGUGUAAGCGAGGGUCCUAACUAUCUGACCGCCUGUGCUGAGCCCUCCAAGCUUCCUCAGCGUCAUUUCUGUGCAGUGUGCGGAUUUCCUUCCAAUUACACCUGUGUGUCUUGUGGUGCUCGCUACUGCUGUGUACGUUGCUUAGGGACACAUCAUGAGACCAGGUGCCUGAAAUGGACUGUAUGAUCCCUCGUGCUGAUUGUUGGAGGACACGGCUCAUUGUCAACAGCAGUUUAGUUCAGACUAUGCUGAGUGUUUGGACUGCAAUAAGAAAGGAGAAUGGGGUACAAUAUGUCUCACCUUAAUUUUGCAAGGGACACAAGUGUUCCCUGAUGAGAAGAUGGGAUUCUUCGUGCAGUUUAGGCGAGGUACACGAUGCAUAAUGGGUGAAGUAUUUGCUCUGUGGAACCGUGAAAGGAACAGCUUUGACCCCCCAGAAGGAGAUGUUCCAAGCACACGUUGAUCUGCUAAUAUUCUUACUCAUCUGCAGUCUAAUUAGUUUCAUUCCCAAUAGCCAACACACAGCUGUCUCAGAACACCUGCGCAGGUGGCCCGAAAAUGUGCUAUCAGCUUCACUGGUUAAACUUGCCUCCCAUACCGCCGAGACCGCUCUCUCAUACACCUGGCUAGUGCUUGAUCUGCAGCCUUUUAGAGACAGGGUGUUCUCUCUGAUGAGCUUUACUCAAGUGCACUGCAGCAUGCGGCUGAAGUACUCUGAAAGUGGAGACACUGAGCUGAUUUGGCCUCAAGUUGUUGAUCGGCUUUAAACUUAAAAAAACGGCUUGUUUUAAAUAAAAUUCAGUGGUUUUCCAUUUUUUUUUUAUUGUAUGUUGCAAAAUUGUCUUAUUCCUAUGCCUUCAUUCCACUAUAAUCUUACAGUAUGCUAACGUUUGCACUGUAUAGUGUUUUUACUGUCUUCAGUGCUUUCAGUUCUGGUAGUAGGCCAAUAAUAACCUGUUUUUGUAUGUGUAUUCUUUUGUAUUCCAGCAAGAUCUUGCUUUAAACUUGCUGUCCGUAGUACUGAUUCUUAAAUGACUGUAGUGGAAAUAAAUAUUGAGGAGGAAAAAGGUU